AAAUAUCUGCGAAAUUCUUUAAAGAAAUAAAAAAAUGAAUCUUCUUCUCCAUCCCUAUACCCUAUCUAUCGCCGCCCCCUACCCCUAAUUUUUCUCUAGCCGCCGCGCUCCUGAUCCUUAUUUCUGCGCGCGCUGCAUCGGCGCCCACCGGGAGGCGGAUCCCGCCCGCCUCGUCCAUGCCGUGGGUCCGCAAUCUCCGCCGCUUCAUCGGCAUGGGCGCUGGCCUCGGAUCCGAGGCCCUCAUGGAACUGGAGACUAAAAGGAUAUUGCUUGAGAUUUUCAAGGAGCGGCAGCGGAAGAGUGCCGAGGCUGGUUCCAUCCCAAGUUUUUACAAGAAGAAACCUGAAGAAGGAUCCAUUAGCUCUAGAGUUCAAAGGUUGGCCAAGUACAGGUUUCUAAAGAAACAAUCAGAGCUUCUGCUGAAUGCUGAUGAUCUUGAUGCCAUGUGGGUUUGUCUCAGAGAAAAUUGUGUUAUUGAUGAUGCUACUAGUGCUGAAAAGAUGAAUUAUGAAGAUUUAUGCCAUAUCGCCACAGUCUGCACGGAGCAGAUUGGUCAGAAAUGCAAACGAUUUUUCAGCCCUUCAAACUUCAUGAAGUUUGAGAAGGAUGAUUCUGGGAGGAUUGCUAUCCUACCAUUUUAUCUUUAUGUCAUGCGAACAGUGAGUUGUUUUCUGCAAGAGAAGUUGUUAAAAUUGGCAGUUGAUGUUACUAAUUACGCGGUUGGAGUUCUUAACGGCAACUUGGUCCAUUUGAAUCUUAUUGAUGCAGUGGUGCAAAUGUGACCAUCAAUGUCAUAU